UCUAGCUGUAUAGAGUGAGGACUUGUGUGUGUGUGAUUUUGAAAAGGAAACAGCACAAUGUCUUCAGCAACCGCCACAGCUGCUUUACCCAGUGGUGCUUCAGUUCUGGCUUCAUUUCCUGACAUUCUUGUUAUUCCUGAGUUUGUCUUUGGUGGCCUGGUCUGGAUCCUUGUGGCUUCUACCAAAGUUUUGGCCACAGUGAGUCAAGGCUGGGUGAUGUUUGUCUCGGUGUUUUGCUUUGUAAUUUCUACACUUCUUUUCCUCUUAUAUUUGUGUGGAGCUCAUGGUGGAAAAAGUGCUUGGGUUGCUUUGGAUGCUUUCUACCAGGUAAUUGCAUCACUUUUCUAUUUGAGUGCAGCAGUUUUGCAAGCCUACACGACGAUAGAAAUUAAAUUGCUUCCUAGUGAAUUCAAGGCAUACCAAAUAGAUAUAGCAGCUGUGGUUUUCGCAUUUGCAGUCACACUGACUUAUGUAAUCCAUAUGGUGUUCUCCCUCCUGAGAUGGAAAGCUUCUUAAACCCAAUGUUCUAUGGAUUUUACAGACAUAUUUGUUAUUUUGUAAAGAGCUUCCUUUAGAAAUCUUAAAUACACAAUAAUGUACUUUAUUACAUGUCAAUAGCAAAUUUCUUUAUCAAUAUUUACCCCCAAUCGUUGAACCCCGGAUUCAAAUCCUUGUUAGAAGAAGAGAGUGAAGGAAACUAAGUAUCUACCUUAAAAUACAUUUGUAUUACAAUGCCUUUUAUGUAAAUGGACAAUAGGCUGUAAUUUACAAUUAUGUAAAUUGUACAAUAAAAAGCUUCCAAGUUC